AAUCUAAUUAUUGAUAGCCCAAUAAAAAUUUAAAUGAUAAGAUUAAAGAUUAAAUGUAACAUGACUUUCUAGAAAUAGAUCCUUUAGAACCAUUUUUUAAAAAAUCACACAUGAAUCAAUGUUGUGACUUAUGUUUUAAUAUAAGAUACUAGUCAAGAUUUUUCGGUCAAAACUAUAAAUAAUAUUUGAACUUUAAUUAAUGUAUUUUAAAGCGUACAUUCAAUAAGAUUGUUAUUUUUAAAAUAUACAAAAAGUUGUAAACCCAUCAAAAACAAGAAUACUAUUUUUAAGUUCAUCAACGAGAUACAAAAAUAUAUGUUGUACUGGAUGUUGUUUGUUGUAUAGAUGUCUCAUAACACAUGAAAACGAGACGGACCAACACUUUUUUAAUUUGAACUGAAUAAAGAAAAAAAAAAGAGAAUAAAAGGGAUUUAAAAGAUAAGUCCACCUCUAAACUCCCACAGAAAUUAACAAAAAAAAAACAGUAUAGGGAACUGUCUAUGCGUUGAAUAAUCAUCACAUAAGAAAGGAAACUUCUUCAUUAAUAGUCGUAAAAUUUCACUAAUAUAUAAAAAUAAACUAUAUUGUCCACAUCAGAGUAUCAAAAUAAGUUUGCAAAAUUUAGUGCUAAAGACAAUUGUAUGUCAAUGAGAUAACACCAAUGGUGGAAACAAAGCAGAAGCAAUACAAAUUUCCUUUUUUAUUUUUAUUUAUAUAGCUUUAUAUAUGGUUUUUAUUUUGGGUGCAACUAUAUGGUUUUGUAGAUAAUAAUAUUAAACUCCAUACUCAUUGAAGAGACACAUUACACAUAUUAAAAUAAUUUAUCUGUUUCAUAAAAAGGCAGCUGGAUUCUAUCAUGUGGAUCUCGUGAUCAUCUACCAUAGAGCCAUGGAUUAAUCACUGUCAAUAAUAAUUCCAUCUAUUUAUUAUUCUGUUUUCACGUAGGUACAAAAGAUUGUAUUUGUAACUUCUGCAUUGAGAUCUUCAUCGCUAAACUUUUUCUCUAACUGUACAUUUAAUUUCGCGAUCGACAUGAAGUUAGCAGUAACGACGCAAACUGACAUCGCCUUUUAAAUUAUUGGAAAGAAUGUAAUAGAGUGUUCAGAUAGGGUUGUGUUAUUAUAAAAUAUCGCAACAAAUACGAAUUCCUCUUAUUUUAUUCAACUCGGUCACUGUACGUUAAAAAGAAAAACAUACUAUUUGAAUAAUUGUACUGAAUGAAAACCACGUAACCCAUCUUCUAUUUCCACAAAUAACGAAAAUUUCUCAAAGGGAACAGUUUAUAAUGUAAAUAAAAUUCCAAAAAUAAAAAACACAAAAGAUAUAAAGCAAAGAAGAAAAAAAAGUCUAUGCUUUCAUAUUCAUUGCUUUAACCUUCUCUCUCUCAGACACAGACACACAGCUAAGCUUCCCAUCUGAAAGGAGUUUCAUGUCCUGAAGGACCAUAACCUCUCUCUCUCUAAUAACAAAUAAAAAAACAGAAGAUAGAGAGAGAAAGUAUGGCUCACAUAAAGAUCUAACAGAGACAGUAGUCCCACUUCCCCACCACAGCCAUCUUCGAUCAUCAUCAAUGGAUCCUGAUCCGGAUCAUAACCCGAAUCAUCAUAGACCAAACUUCCCUCUCCAGCUUCUUGAUUCUUCUUCCUCCUCUUCCACUUCCUUAGCCAUCAUCCCAUCAGCUUCUUCUUCCGAACCUAACUCCGACCCUAACGCUCUCUCCAAGAAACCACCUCCAAAGCGAACUUCAACUAAGGACAGACACACCAAAGUCGAAGGCCGAGGCCGUAGGAUCCGUAUGCCUGCCAUGUGCGCCGCACGUGUCUUUCAGCUCACACGUGAGCUAGGUCAUAAGUCCGACGGUGAAACCAUCGAGUGGCUUCUCCAGCAAGCUGAGCCGGCGGUUAUAGCCGCUACAGGGACUGGAACCAUUCCGGCUAACUUCGCUUCUCUUAAUAUCUCACUUCGCAGCUCAAGAUCUUCUCUCUCCGCUGCUCAUCUUCGUACAGCUCCAAGCAGCUAUUACUUUCACUCGCCUACGAUGGCUCAUCCUCAUCAGGUGCGUCCCAAGCACGAGUCGCAUUCCUCUUCUUCUUCGCAGCUUUUAGACCACAACCAGAUGGGGAACUAUUUAGUUCAAUCAACGGCUGGAUCUUUGCCAACGAGUCAGACUCCUACUACGGCACCGUUUUGGAGUAGUGGUGACAGUACGCAGAAUCUUUGGGCUUUUAAUAUCAACCCUCAUCAUUCGGGGGAAGUUUACAACACGAGCGGUGGUGGUGGUGGUGGCGGUGGAGGAGGCGGAGCAGGAGGAGGAGGAGUACAUCUGAUGAAUUUUGCAGCUCCUAUUGCUUUGUUUUCUGGACAGCCUUUGGCGUCUGGUUACGGAGGAGGAGGUGGAGAUCAUAACCAUUACGGAGUUUUAGCGGCGUUGAACGCUGCUUACCGGCCGGUUCAGGAGACGGCGAGCCAGCAAAACCGCGAAGGAGAUCAUCAUCACAGCCAUCAAGAAGAUGGAAGCACGAGUCAUCAUUCCUAGGCAAAAAACACACACACAAACAAUAUAUCUAGAAAGGUGUGUACACGAAGGGGGAAUGCAUUUAGAUAUGGUGCCAUAUUAAUUCCAGUAGCUCGUCUUCUAUAUAUAUAUAUAUAUAUAUAUAUGCAGGAUUUAAUACUUUAGUUGAUUCAAUUUAUAGCUUUUGUAAAGCUUUUGUAAGGCGUUACUUUUGUGAAUGGUCAAGCACUAUAUACUAUAUUGCGGAGCGCAGGAACAUAACAUAGAAGUAAAUUAUCAAAAA